CUGAAGUCCUCUCCGCAACAGAGGGCGUGACUUCGGCGGAUGUCAACCUUGCCGCCGAGACUGCUACUGUCGACUUUAAAGGUGUGCAAGCAGAUGCCCAGCGGAUCGUGUCGGUCAUCGAGGACAUGGGCUAUGAUGCCAGCAUUGGCGACGUGGUUUCAAUAUCAAACCGAGAGGACCAAGCUGACGACGACGGCCGAUCUCACCACUCUCACGAAUCACGCAACGCGACACGAGCUGCAUGCCUGGACGUCAGGAGCACCAACAGAACAGUGACGCCCGCACAGAUCAAUGAACAGUUCGUCUCGCUUCCGUUCUCGCUGCCUUGGGUCAGCAUCCUGUCUCGGAGAGUCACCAACACGGGCGUCAUUCUGGAGAUUUCAUACACGCCAGCACUCCCGGACAUCACCAUCCGGUCCAUUGCUGCCAGAAUCGAGACGGUCAUCCCGGAAGUUACUGUCACGGUAUAUCACCCACCUACCCUCGAGGAGCGUGCGAAGAGGCUCAACCGCAGGCGGCGAGUACAUCUCUUACUGCGCAUUCUCCUCACUGUGGCGGUGGCCGUGCCAACAUUCAUAAUCGGCGUCGUCUACAUGAGUCUGGUUCCCAUGGAGGACGCCACCAGGAUGCUUCUCAUGAAACCGUGGCUGCUCGGCAUAAGCCGAUCGCAGAUCGCACUUUGGAUCAUGGCGACACCCGUCUACUUUUUCGCAGCUGAUGCAUUUCACCGCCCAGCGGUACGAGAGAUCUACGUCAUGUGGAAGCGCGGGAGCAAAGUGCCGAUCCACAAGCGCUUCUACAGGUUCGGGAGCAUGAACCUGCUCAUGUCGUUGGGCACAUCUGUGGCGUACUUCGCCUCGCUCUACCAGCUCAUCUACACAAUGGCAAAGACACACACGCCUCCCAAGGACUACAACUUUUACUUCGACUCCGUCGUAUUCCUAAGCCUCUUCCUCCUCGUGGGAAGAUACCUGGAGGCGUACACAAAGUCGAGGACGAGCGACGCCAUUGACGCUCUACGGAAGCUGCGCCCGACUACUGCGCUUCUUCUGGAGAAGGGCGUCUACGGAUAUACGCGAAUUCAAGAAGUGUCAGCAGACCUGCUCGAAGUCGGAGAUCUCAUUCGCGUGCCACAGGGCGCUUCGCCGCCGUGUGACGGGAUCGUGACUGAAGGUGUGACCGAGUUUGACGAGUCAAGCCUCACAGGAGAGUCGCGGCCGAUCACCAAGCGCGAGGGCGACGAGGUUUUCCCUGCCACCACGAACAAGGGCGCGCCCAUCACUGUGACUGUGACCAAGAUUAUGGGCGAAACCACCCUUGACAAGAUUGUUGACGUUGUCCGCGAAGGCCAGUCCAAGCGAGCGCCAGUCGAGCGCGCCGCAAACACUGUCACUGCCUAUUUUGUGCCCGUCAUCAUCCUCAUCGCCAUGAUCACAUGGUCGACUUGGUUCAGUCUGGGGAUGGCCGGCCUCCUGCCAGCUGAUUACAAUGAUGGUGGUGACGAGUGGGCCAACUUUGCACUGAGCUUUGCAAUUGCUUUGUUCGUUGUCGCUUGCCCUUGUGGUCUUGCCCUGGCUGCGCCAACCGCAAUCUUUGUCGGCCUCGGACUUGCUGCGAAAAAUGGCAUCUUGGUCAGAGGUGGUGGAGCUGCGUUUGAGAAUGCCCGCAAAGCCGACACGGUGGUUUUCGACAAGACUGGCACUUUGACCCUGGGGGGUGACCCGACAGUCACGGAUUCCGCAUUUGUUCCAAACGACGAACCCGUGAUCCCCGGCCACGACGCGCUGCUGGCGGCGGUCAAGGCUGUGGAGGAGCAUUCGAGCCACACUCUCGCGAAGGCUCUGGCCAGAUUCUGCUCCUCGGCCACGGACAAGCCCAUUGUUGUCAACGAGGUCCUGGAGCUGUCAGGCAAAGGGCUCAAAGCCGACUUUGUGGACAGCACAACGGGCGUGCUUGUCGACAUUAUCAUCGGUAAUGAGGACCUUAUGAACGACUUUGGGGUAACCAUCCCUUCAGAGACCUUCAGCUCCCUGCGGACUUGGCAGCGAGAAGCCAAGUCAGUGGCACUCGUCGCCGCGAGAGUGCAAGGGCAGUCCGACGGACACUACGCUCUUCGCGCCGCGUUUGCAAUCUCAGACGAGAUCCGUCCGGAGGCUGUCGCCGUGAUCCGGGCGCUCCGCGCACAAGGCAAAGAGGUGUACAUGUUGACUGGAGACAAUCUGAUUACCGGCCGGGCCGUUGCAGCCAGAGUUGGCAUUGAUGCGGAUACUCGAGUCAUCGCAGGAGUCAAGCCAACUGACAAGGCACGGCACAUCACCGAGCUCCGGGAGCAGGCGUCCGGCCCGAAGAAGAGCAAGAGAUGCAUCGCAAUGAUUGGAGACGGCAUCAAUGAUGCACCGGCGCUGGCCGCGGCCGACAUUGGCAUCGCCAUCGGCUCAGGGACAGACGUUGCGAUUGCGGCGGCUGAUUUCGUACUCAUCGGCGGGAAUCUGGCCGGCGUUGUCACGUUGCUGGCGCUGAGCAGAAAGAUAUUCUGGCGCAUCAGCUUCAACUUUGGCUGGGCGGCUGUUUACAACCUAACGGCGGUCCCCGUGGCAGCGGGCUGCCUGUACUGGAUCGUCGCGAAUGGGGAGCAUGUGCGGCUCGACCCAGUGUGGGCGAGUUUGGCCAUGGCUCUGAGCAGCAUCAGCGUAAUCACUAGCUCGUUGCUGUUGAAGGCGCCAUGGUAUCUGGGUGGGUUCCGGGCACGGAAGCUGGCGGACCCUUGAGCUUGGUGUGGUGGGUGGUGUGGAUGAUUUCUUUUGUUAGAGGCAUUUUGUAUCAGCAGGUUUUACACUCAGCAUGGUCUUUGCAAAUGAUUAUCUCAUUCCAUUCGGACCGCAGAUCGUUGUUGGAUUGUGGAAGCUCAGCCGUGUGGCCAAACACCUGCUUCAAGGACCACAGGCAUAAUUAUAUUACAUCCCUGUUCCAAAGGUGAUUGAUUUUCUGACUCUAUUGCCCCUGUACGCUUGCUUUGAUCAGAGCUGGCAAGGUUCCGGGCGGUUUGGUCCGGGCCCAAGGGCACGGACACGGCCCACAGAAGAAAGCUUAUCUUGCGCACCACGUUGCCAUACCGAUCUGGGACUUAAUUUACUUGCAUAGCAGAUCUAGGAGUGAGUGUUGAUAGGGCAGGUUUUCUGGCAGAUGG